UAUUUUUUAGUCUGCUUUAGUUACAAAAAGAGCAGUGCUUAUUUAUGUGUUAAAAAUUAUGAUAAAAUAAUUAUUUUGAAUUAAAUAUGUGCUUAAAAACAUUAGUUAAUUGAGCUUUCUUAUCACUUUUUCGUCUGCCUCUAAAUUAUUACACAAUCGUUACUACAAAUGGAAUAAAACCGGCAACGCAGAAGCCUUAGGGGCUUUAUCGAAGCGAGCAGACAGUUGGCUUGUGGCUAUUGAAUGGCUAUGUAUUACUACGCUAGCAAAUUAAAUGAAGCCUCCUGCAGUGGAUGCAAUGUAAAGUUGCCGCCUCCACCCACUGAGCCAGCACCGCCGCCACCGGAACACUCAUCUAUACCUACUGAUCCAGCGAUUCUUCACGGCACUGGUCUCUCGUAUUAUGACAAAGAUGCCUACUAUUCUUUUGUAAGAGCAAAUAACUACAUGUCGGAGAAUAGUUGCGAACACAGGGUAAUGAAUGGCAGUAUAAAUUUCGUCUCUUCCCAAUCGGUAGACCCUCCCCAGCUUACCGCCGUUUUGGGCCCCAACAUAAAGGCAGAUGAUCCAUAUGACAAACCAGAUCUGGAGUACAAAGAUGGUCAUAUAGUAACAGCUACAUUCGACGCGUUGGUCGAAGUUCUACGUCCGGGCGCCAGCAAGCCAUAUGUCUUCACGUUCCUGUUAUGUUCACGGCUGUUCGUCAAACCCCACGAAUUACUUGCCAAGCUGUGUAAGAGAUAUUUCAAGAACUAUGAGAAAGUGGGUAAGACGGAAAUGAAGGAACUGAUGGACAGGGAAGUGACUGACAUGAUGUCACUUGUUCGGGUUUUGACUCAAUGGACUUGUAUGUUCCCAUAUGAUUUUCGUGACGAGAGGAUUAUGGCGCUCGUGAGGAACAUAACUCAACGAUGUGCAGCGGAACACAUGGCGCCAAUGGCUGCUGAGGUGUCGAGCAUGUUGGAGAAGUUGCUCGACAAGUUGACGGCCCUCGAGCAAUACGAGGAGACCUUGGUACCUGUACCUCAAGUCAGUCACGUCGAUCAACUACCGUUGGGAGACAUCAUAACCUUGGGACUUACACCUGUGGAACUUGCAAACCAGCUAACCAACGUGGAACUGCAUAGACUCUCGUUCGUCGGCCCCGAGGAGUUCGUCCAGACGUUCGCGCCUUCUCAGCCGGCGCAGUCGAGCUCCGCUAAGAGCAUCAACCUCCACCACGCUGAGGCCAAAAGCACGAAGAAUUUGGAGGCCUACGCCGAUUGGUUCAACCGGCUGACUUAUCUGGUUGCAACGGAUAUAUUGAAGGCGGUGAAGAGUAAGUACCGCGCGCGGGUGAUGGAGCAGUGGGUGAUGACGGCGCGCGAGUGCUUCAACUUGGGCAACUUCAACUCGCUGAUGGCCAUCGUGGGCGCGCUCAACAUGCCGCCCAUCGCUCGUCUGAAGAAAACUUGGAGUCGAACUAAUGCAGUGUGCGGACAACAGUUGCGGCAAUUGGAGCUUUGCGUUGAACCUAGUUCCAACCACGCCAGGUACCGUGCAGCGCUGGCAGCUGCCCCUACCGAGACCGCGGUUCCUCUCCUCUCAGUGACGUGCAGAGACCUGCAUUUCGUCAACCACGCUUCGCCCACUAAGAUGGCGGGUAAUCGCGUGAACUUCGAGAAGUGCACGGUGCUGGCGCGUCACGUGAGCGCGCAGCUGGCGUCGCGGCGGCUGAUGGGCGACGGGCCGGUGGCGUCGCCGCCCGCGCCGCACAUGCACCUGCCCGCCUGGCGCUUCCUCAGCAGCCGGCCCGCGCUCACCGAGCAAGCUAUGGAGUUGACGUCGUUCGAGCGAGAGCCGCCCGUGGACCAUCACGAGAAAGACCGAUUGAAGCGUCUGCGAGGAGCCACAGAAAGGGCCUAACUUUCACCUAACAAGUAACAUAGUUAUUAGUACAUAUAUUCUAUCAGAAUCUCGUUUACAGUGUUAAAACGUAAUAUACGAAACAUCUCCCAAUUCAAUGUUGUGUAUACUUAUAUAGGCUAGUUGACACUUUUUUUAAAUGGUCUUAAAUAGUUCAAUAACGUUCUACUAGACUAAUAAAACUUUUUUUAUAUUUUUUUGAGACGUGAUUACAUGAAAAUAUUAGUUUUUGACAAUACGAGCCAAAAGCGCUUGUCGGCUAUGAAAGUCUAUAUUUCAACUGUUUCAUGACGUCACUACAAUAAAUCCCAUACAAAUGAAACGUUUGACAAUUAUUUCGACGUUUAGUACAUCAACGGUGUCAGUGACGUCACAAAAUGGACGACAGCGUUUUAGACGUUUGGUAAAUUUGAAAAAAUACGUGUAUUUAAACUGAGUUUUAAAAGAAAUCCUUAACUUUUAUUAAUUGAUAUCGAUAUAUUUCGGGCCCUUAUUCCAUGAACAACACGAAAUUAAUAUUGUUUAUAUUUAAUUUGAUACGAGUCAACUACCCUAUUAAAACUCAGUGGAAUAAAACAUCCCAGUGAAAUAAUAUAAGGGAAUCGUUGAAAUUUUUUUUCAUGCACUAAGAUGUUUCAGAACGUUUGAGCGAAUUAUAAAGAUCCUGAAGUAUUAUUAAAAUAUUUAAUUACAAACGUACCAGUGUCGAUGUUUAUAAAAUAUUUACAUUAACAUAAUAUGUACCAUUAUGGUCAUAGUCAUUAAUAUAAAUCUAAUAAGAAUUGAAAUGUAAUCACACAUUUUUUAAGUUAUAAUCUAAAAUUGUAUUAAAUCCGUGAUUCCAGUUUUUAUAUCUAUGUUGAUGGCACUUUUAAAGAUUAGGUAUCAGUGCAGUAUUUAAACUCGUGGUAUUUUAAAAUUGUGUACAGUCUCUACAAUAUUUCAUAGAAAUUACUUUUUACGUAAGAAAUAUUAUUAAGUAAAGUUGUCAAAAUCAUAUAUAACGUAAUAUUAUAUAUUAUAAAAGAUAUAUCUUAAUGGGAACCUGUUUUAUAAUUCAUUAUUUUUAUUCAAAACCAUUUCUUAUGUGAUGUAUUAUGUAUAUGUCAUUCAUUUAUAUUAGUACAAGAUCACGUUUUAGUCGACCAAUCACCAUCGAGUUUCGUAAUGAAAUUUCUAUUUUCUGCAAUAUAACUAGAAAACGUUAAUAUUUGUUUAUAUAGACAAAGUUGGAAGUAUAUAAUUCACACAUAUAAAUAUACUUUUUUUUUAAUUUUAUUUUGCCAUUGACAUAUGUGAUAGGGCUAUGUGUAUCAUAUGAUAUGAGUAUCAGAAGGUCCCAAUUAUAAAAGUUAAUAUAAUCCCAAAUUUAACAUGAUUUUCGACAUGACGUAAUAAGUAAAUACUGGAUAAACGACCCAUAUUCUGCUCACUGUUGGGCACGAGUUUCCUCUUAAAAUGAGAGGGGUUAGGCUAAUAGUCCACCACGCUGUCCCAAUGAUGAUUGGCAGACAUCACACACGUAGAUAAUUGAGAUAAUUCUCAUGUAUUCAGGUUUCCUCUCAAUGUUUUUCCUUCAAGGUUUGAGACACGUGAUAUUUAAAUUCUUUAAAUGCACACAACUGAAAAGAUGCAUGCCUCGAACUGGAUUCGAAUUUACACCUACCGAAUUGAAGGCAGUGGUCAUAUCCACUAGGCUAUCACGGCUCUUUGGGCUAUCUUUGACUUCGUCGUUAUCAACCCAUAUACAGCUCACUGCUGAGCUCGAGUCUCCUCUCAGAAUGAGAGGGUUUAGGCCAAUAGUCCACCACGCUGGCCCAAUGGGGAUUGGCAGACUUCACACACGCAGAGAAUUAAGAAAUUUUCUGGUGUGUAGGUUUCCUCACGAUGUUUUCCUUCACAGUUUGAGACACGUGAUAUUUAAUUUGUUAAAAUGCACACAACAGAAAAGUUGGAGGUGCAUGCCCCGGACCGGAUUCGAACCCACACCCUCCGGAAUCGGAGGCAGAGGUCAUAUCCACUGGGCUAUCACAGCUCUAUCUUCUUCGUAUCUUUGACUUAGUACAGUUAUUUUGUUAUAGAUUGUGGUAUGUCAUAUUUACAGAUUCUUUGCUUAACAAAGCAUUUUUUAUUUUGUUGCUUCUUCGGGACAUUCAUUAAAAAAAUUCUUGGUGGUAAACCAUUAAAGUUAACGUUUUCUGCAGUAAAAGCAGAAAAAUACAAUUUAUUGGAAAACUCGUUGAUGGUAUGUCGAUGUAAUGGGAACUUAGACUAAAAAUAUAUAAAAAAAAUAGUGUGCACUGAUUCAAAUAUUUUAACUAUGACUCAGUGACUGUAAUACAGUGAACAAAUUUUAAAAUAUAUACAUUUACGAUAUUAUUGAAGACAUAUUGAAUAUGUUAGUAUAAAAAUAUUAUAAUAUAUAUACAUGUAUUGUAUAAGUAAUUAAAUAUGUCAUUUUGGUAAAUUUGUACUAACAUACAAUUUAUCUAUAAAUUAUUAUUAUGAGUUAGUAUAUCAUCUAUUCGUCACGAUACGAUAUAUAUAUACAUAUUUAGGAAUAAAAUUGAUUUUUUUAAUAUUGUAUAGGAGUGGAUUUAGUAGAUUUGUUAGAAGUCGAUAAGUGAAGUACACAUUUCCUUUUGCUACUAGUUCAGAAAUCAAAAGACUCGAGGAAUAUAUGACGGGUGUUAUUUUAGGUGAUUAGUUCUUUAGGCAGACCGGUAUUUAAAAAUUUCCUAUUAUAUUAAAAAUUAUUAUAGAAAACAAUAUUAUUUUAGAAAUUUAAUGUUAGCGAAGUACAGUGUUAAUAAACGCUCUCUAAAUAUUAGGGUACAGCCUGAGUGCCCGCUGGAAUUGACGCGGGCGGCGCGUGAAACGCGUCACUCUGGUUGUAAAUGUUCUCUGACCUAGGGACCAUUAGUUCGCUCACACUAAGACCACCCGCUCACUUACAAUUCUUAGUUGGCCGACUAUCGAACAACAAUAGCAAACGUUUUCAAUUUAUUUGGACAACUUUUAGGGUUCCGAACGUACUUAGUACAAAAACGGAAGCCUUAUAAUAUCACGCGCACAUUUUAAUGUCUGUCUGUUUUCUCCGAACUUACCGGACCAAUCCAGUUGAAAUUUGGUACACAUAUCAAUUCUUGUGACUCAAAUACAGGGAUGUACCGUGAAUAGGUAAAAUUUGAAUAUGGGGGGUAAGAUGGAGAGUUGAAAAAAACUUUUACAAACAUCAUCGUGUGGUACAUCAAAUGAAAGGUUUCCAAAAUAUUUUUUUUUUGGAAUAAAAAAAAAUAUAUCUUUCAAGUUAUUUAUAUAGUGUACAAAAGCGGUCCCGGUCAAGCUUCGACUUAUGUGCACUUCUUCUAUAUCCCUACUCUACACUACUCUAGAUCUUCUAUCUUUUAUCAGUUUUUUCAAUGCUGUAGCUUCUGUAAUUAAGAUUUUAAAGAUUUUUGAACAUUACGGAUUAAAUUACCAAUGUAUUAUAAUAUCUGACUUAAUUUACUAAUACAGUCAUUUGAAUUGACUUGAUAAUAAUAAAAAAACUGAUUAUAUUGGUAUAAAUUGGACACCGAUCGUAUUAGAUUGAUAGUCAGCCAACUUACAAUUGUAUGUAUCCGGGAACACUUAGUUAUUGUACAUUUUGUUAGUCAUGUUGCGUAUGAGACACGAGGUGCUUUUGAAACGUUUUUAAUUUAUUUUUUUACUUUUAUUGGUCCUUGUAUAGUUUGUGCUAGUAUAAUAUUAAAAUUGCAAACAAAUUGCUUACAAAUAGCGAUUAGCGAGAGUUUUUUAUUUUUCCGGUUAGGCGAUACCAAUAUACAGGGUGCUCGGGAGUAUUUCCCAUAACUGCAAGGUGUUGACGAGUCCACUUAUAGGAGCCGAACUGCAUACCUAAUAUUUUUUAACUAAAAAAUAAAAUCUUUUUAUGUUUUCAUACAAAGUAAUUCAAAUAAUUCCGAUUUAUGUUACACAUGCCUUUAUUUAUCAUUGCAUUUUAAAAUUCGUAAAUCUUGGCGACGUCAUAAUUAAAAGGAUGCGUCUAUGGGACACAUUUUAAGAUGUAUUUACAAAAGAAAUGGUAUUUACCCCGAAAAUAUUAAUUUUAGAACACAUGUUCCUUGAACAUUUUUAAUUAAUUUUCGGUAAAGAACAUAACCCCAGAAUUAUGGAAAAUACUCCCCAGCACCCUGUAUAAUGUCAAUGCACAUAAAAUACGCCACAAAAUUUAGCUUAAAACAUUUACUAAACACAUAUAUUUUGAAUAGACAGCACAUCAAAAAAUUACUUAUAUUAACGCACAAUUAUAACGUAACAAUUGAAGAUUAAAGUUUAAUGAGCACUAGGCCUAAUAAUUUAAAUCUCUACUACUUCAUUUGGUUUAUCAGCUUACAAUGUAAGAACCACUAUAAUUAUUUGAUUUAUAAACAAUUUUUUGGGUCCAAAGAUUUAUUUCAGUAAAUAUAUAUAUGUUUUUUUUAAUUACUUCUUUUAAAAAUAUAAUUACUUUUCUAAAUCUUUGCAUCAAUAUUUCCAUGAUGAGGGUAUGAAACUCAAAGCCUUCUCAAAGGUCCUGGACUCAAUUCGCAGACGUUGAACGAAUGUCGUACACACUUUCAAAGUCCUAAAUUCUUAGUUGGAAUAAAAAUAGUUAAGAGUUGGUCAUGGUUUUAGAAAAAAGUUUUUAUUAAUAUUCACCUUGAAAAAUAUAUUCACCCGUUUUCUUUAUCUUUUUAUAUUGCAGUUUAAAAUAAUUUUCAAUAAAUAUUUUUAACGUAGUUCUUUUAUUGCGACUUACAUUACUUUAAAAAAAAGCGUUAAAACGUGCUAAACAUGUAUAUGUCAAAUAAACAUUUUUUUUAUUGUUAUAAUUUUAAUCAACCCUCAGAAUACAGAAAACUCGAGAAGGUGUAAUCGCAUAUAGGUAUGAAGCCGCUGAAAUUAUUAUUUUUUGGUGUAAUCUUUUGGUGUAUGCCGUGUUGUAUGACGUGCUAUAAAGGUAAAAUCUUUGGUCACAAUGCGUGCUUUAAAAUAGCGGUUGAACGUGCCUUCUGGUGUUUUCUGUAUUCUGAAAGGUUACCUUAAAAUUCACUAUUUUAUCAUUAAUUUUAGGGAAUGUAAUGUAAUAAGUGGGUAUGACAUAGUCCUGCGGGCGGGGAUCGAAUCCAUUACGACAUGAUGAAGUUGUUGAGUCAGGCUUGAAUACCGUGGAACUAUUCAGGCUUCAUUUUUAUACUUUUCAGUACAUUAAUAUUAUAUACAGGAUGUUGGAGAUUAUUUCCCAUAACUUUAAGUUGGUGACGAGACCACUUAUAGGGAUCGAACUGCAUAACUAAUAUUUUAUUAACUAAAGAAAAAAAAAAUAUGUUUUCAUAAAAAGUAAUUCCAAUAAUUCUGACUAUCCAUGCAACACGCGUCUUUAUGUAAGAAUGAGUUUGAUUUCUACUAUUGUCAAACAGCUUUUACUUAUUAAGGCAAACUUAUUUUGAUCAUAGUGGUCGGACUUUUUCGAUAUCGACGAGAUGGCUACUUCAUGAUAUUUAUCAAUGAAUGAAUUUGGCUCCGUCGAAAGAAAUAUUAUCUAUUCCGAAAAUAUUCAUUUUAGAACACAGGUUCCUUGAAAUUUUUUUAUUAAUAUUCGUUAACGAAUAUAACCCCAGAGUUAUGGAAAAUACUCCCCAACAUCCUGUAAAAUUUGCGUAUACGUUUUUCGAUUGUUCUUGGUUACUUUUGUUGUGUACAUUUAUUAUUAUAAUUAUCGUGUUAUAUAAGAGUUAGUAAACACAUGAUUUUGCUCACAAGAAGUCUGCAUUUAAAAUACAGGUAUACUAUAUUUACUAUUAUGCAUAAUUAAAUGUCAUAUGUAGAAUGAAAAUUAUAUUAUUAUAUAAAUCAUGGUAUGUUUUAAAAGGAUGUACUGUAAUGUUGAUCUCAAAUAUUUAACUAUUCGUAUAAUUAUGACCGUGUCUCAAGGCGUAACUUAUAUUUUCGUGUAACAGGGGUAACUUAUAUUUUCGCGUAUUUUUGAUUUUUCAUAAAGGUGUAUGUGUGUGUGCGCUUAGCUAUAUUAUAAGUAUUUUUUUAAAUAAGCAAAUUAUUUAGUUCCACUUUACAAAUUAAUUGCGAUUUCCAUUAGUACACAAAAUUAGUUCCGAUGUAGAAUAUUAUAUAUUAACCAGUAGAUACGUAGCAGUUGUGUUUUUUUAUCUUUACACACAGAAUAUAGAAUAAUAGCCAGAUAGAGCGCACGGAACAUGUCAGAGAACCAGCCAUUCCAAAUACAAAUUCAAAAACAAAUACAUUCGCGAAUCAGAACAAUACAAAGUCACGAAGCGUUGCAUCAUUAGAAAAUCACAGUAAUUUCCAAUAUUAUUGAAGACAAAAUCCGUCUUGCUUUUAAAUAUUGUAAAAACUGUUCACAAAAACAAAAGUCAGAAGAUGGAGUAUCUUUUUAAAAAUUAGUAGUCUAUUUAGAUAUCAAUUUACGUAAUUGUUGUUAGUGUUAAAUCUAGAAAUACAAAACCUCCUCGUCCGGUGUUGCUAAUUUAAAUUUAAAAUACUGUCUAAACUUACAUUAACGUGCACAAUUCAAACAUACAAUUAUAAAUAUGUACUUUAAAUCCCACAUUCGGCUCACUGCUGAGCUCGAGUCUCCUUUCAGAAUGAGAGGGGUUAGGCCAAUAGUCCACCACGCUGGCCCAAUGCGGAUUGGCAGACUUCACACACGCAGAGAAUUAAGAUCAUUCUCUGGUAUGCAGGUUUCCUCACGAUGUUUUUUCCUUCACCGAUGGGACACGUGAUAUUUAAUUUCUUUAAAUCCCAACAUUAUAUCAUAAUUUUAUAAUCAACGUAAUUUUAUUCAUCAUUAUGUAUUAAUCUGACACACAUAAAAUCCUAAAGUGCAUGCAUAAUAAUAUUUCAGUCAAUUCGAAAAAAAAUAUUAUUCCAAUAAAUAUUUCCAACACAUUUUUAUUGUAAAUUAUGAAAAAACGUUGUAAGUAGCUAGUACAUUAUGCGGAUGUCAACAAGACGCAAGCGUGACGUUUGUUGUUUUAUUUAUGGGUUUCACCGACUUCUCCGUGCGGCUUGUAAAGACUCAUUCUGGAUCAUUCUCUAUUCUGUGUGUUUACAGAAGUAGCGAGUAUCUCGACUUAUUCAAAAUAUUUUAUUUUUAUUUAUUUACACUAUUAUUUUAAAAUUUUUGAUUGUUUAUAAACUACAAAAUAUAAUACAAAACUGUAAAAAAUAUAAUUUUGGAAAAAUCCAGCCCUUACGUUGCGACGGAUUUGAGUGCCCAAGCAACCGACGAUUAGGGCUCCAGAGUGAGGAACCUCCUCACAAUACGCGCCGUCUCAUGAAUCACUGCCAUCUAUAUCCGACUCUUGAUCCAACAGUGAAGCGAAUUGUAUAACCGCCGUUUUCAAUACCUACCCAAGAUUACGGAUAGAUAGCUAUCCUCGAUUAUCAGUAACAGUCAAACUAUCUUUACAUAGACAAACUAUCUGUCAGUAGGUUAUUGAAAAGCAGAUAGGAAAAGAAAGAUAGAUUUUCUUAACUUCAGUAAGCGAAAUGGCGGAUAGAUAGGGUAUUGAAAACGGUCGUUAGUUCGCAAUUUCGAUUAUUAAUAAGUCUGAAUCUAUUAAGUUCCUUCUAUUGUUGCGAUUUUUCCACUCUUUACUCCAAUCUUUCCCGUAUUUCUUCUGUUCGAAAUAUUUUAUUUACUUUCUGAGUAAAUAAAUUAAAGAUAAAAUUACGUCCUACAGUUGGGUUAUAGUCCUAUUAUAAAUAAUUCUUAUACAAAUAUACGAGUAUUUAGAACGUAAUUGGAUUUAACCGAACCACAUUAUAUUGAUAUCGCUAACCAAGCCCAUCUAGAUAUUAUAAUGAGAAGAAAUACACUGCCAGAAUAUUCUGUUGGACAAUUUCAUUAUUUUGUUUAUUAAAAUUACAGAAGUUUAUCAAAUAUAUAAUUAAUUACAAACGCCAGCCUUUUGAAUUAGAAUUUCCUUUAGAAUUUACACUUUAUCAAUAUUCUUAACAAUUUAUUAAAACACCAUAAUAUCUAUGCGGGACUAUAAAUGAAAUGAAAAACUAUAAUUUAUAAUUAAAUUUUAUAUUUUAAGUAACAUUGAUUGCCAUUUUUUAAAGUAUUAUUAUUAACGGUAGAACAUAAGAAUAAUUUUAAUGAUUUAUACAUGUAUAGUGUACUUUCUCGUGUAAACUUUUUAAAAAUUUUAUUUUGAUAAAAUAUGGCUGCUAUUAAUCAAGCCGGAAUGCCCACCAAGUAAUAAGAGUACUUAAAAUAUAGUCAUCUUAAUUGUUUUUUACUUUAAGUUUUUUUUUUUUUUUUGGUAAAAUAAAAUUAAUUCGUGGUGUAGUAUGUAAGUAAAUUAUUUAUUAUAUGCGAUAAUAUAUAGAGAUAUAUCGAAUUAUAUAUCUUGAAAAAAACUAACGAUCACGUUAGUAUUAUUUUGGAUGAUAAAUUAUUGUUUGGCCAAAAAAUAUGAUUAUGCUUUUAUUUUGUCUUUCAUUGAGCCAGAAAAAACAAUUUGAUAAUGAUACCAUCCCAAAUGUAUACUACACGCGCUCGAAUGAUAAAAUCUUCGUUUUUAAGUAUAAUCAUAACAAUUAAUGUAGAUAUCCACACAUUCUCAUCAUCAAAUAUCUUGCGUUUGAGUAACCCUCUCUCGACUAGAUUCUGUUAGUACAAAAUAUGCAACUAUUGCAUUUUACAUUUACGUAUAUUACAUUCCAUAUAACAGACUGUUUUGUUUUUAUUGUUUUUUCGAAUAUGCAUGUGGUAUUUUAAGUUUUAAAAUGUUAUUACUUUUUACUUAGUAGCAGCUGGCUGUGAAAUGUCACUGUAUGUGUGUCUCGUAAUACAUACUUGGAUGAUUCAAAACUACCUUCACCUGCUACUAUAAUUUUAAUUUUUUUAUGUUUAUUGUACUGUUACAUUCGUUGGUGUAAUUCUACCACAUCCGAUUUGCGGAUAUGCUUUUAGAAUUUGUACUUUUUUGAAAAAGAAAGUAACAUGGGCCGAAAUGUGAAAAGAAUGAAUGUUGGAUGAAUGACUUGCGACAGGUCUCAAGCGACCCAAAAAUAGGUCGCGCCUUAAACUUAAAAAGAAAAGGCAAUACGCGACAAUGUGAUGCAAAUUAAGCCCUUUCUGUAGUCUGUAAGUGGCGCUAGUGAUUGGAAAUAGCGUUAAAAAUAAGGAGUUAAAGUCUAGCUUGAUAUAGCUUGAUGAGUUGUUAAAAGACAGUUAAAAUUGCAAAUGUAAAAACAAAAAAGGAGAGGACGGCCAAAGAUGAUUGUAUUUUGUGCAAGAGGAUAUUUGUGUAAAAGAGGAAACUGAUGAUUUGAGGUUAGAAGUGAUAGAAAGAGGAUCACAUACCGUUUCAGACUAUUUACAUAAGAACUAGACUAGAAGUUUUAAACCGUUCAAUUACACAAAAAGGUAUUUUUACGGAGCUCUUUAACCGACGAACACGAUUACAACUAUGGAACAUCGAUUUAAUAGAGAUAGUUUUUACACUCGCAUUAUAUCGCUGAUCAUAUAUUUUGACAGAGAAGUAUCGUCUAGCGAGGCAGGUCCUUAUGUAAUUAGUCUGAUGUAUUAUGCACAUAUUAAUCAUCAUCUUAUUGUCCUCACUAAAGUAGGGUACUUUUCGCAGUACAUAUUUGUAUUCCAUAUUAUUAUAUCUACUACCUGAAUAUAUCAGUAUUGGCGAGAAGUGUAAUUGCUAGACAAUAUACAAUUUGAUACCUAACAAAAUUAUAUUAGUAAUGCAUAAUUAAAUGCGAUUAAUUUGAAGUGAUCUGUUUGAUGUGAAAAAAAAAAUAAUAUUUAAAUAAUUUAACUUUAAUCUUGAAAAAAAAGAAAGAAAACUAUUUACAUUAAAAUUGUUAUUAUACCUUCUAAAAUCAAUUAUUUUUCCCAUAGUACAUGCUCUUAAGUAUCCAUUGUCUUAGAUCAGUCUACGUACCUAAAUAUUUUAAAAAGAAAAUUUUGUUAUUUACAAACACAACUUCGCAAUUUAUUCGAUAGAUAUUUAUUCGUAUUUCAUAGAUAUUUUGUGAUUUUAUCGUCUAUUGUACUUAAUGAAGGUUACUUUUGCCUAUUCCCUGUAAUUAAAUAGGUAAAGGAAGCCCCUACUGAUUCUAUAAGUUAAAAUAUAAUUGUUGUCUGUGUAUUUUAAAUUAUAUGAUGCAAAUUGAGUAGCUCUCUCAUAGAAUUGUAUAUCCUCUAUGUACAUUGAUGUUCAAUGUCCUUGUUGCAAAUUUCCUACGUGUCUGUAAUAGUAUAGAGUUGUAUCAAAACUAAGGCUCAGUUAACGCGUUCCUUAAAUGUUAUAUUAAACAAAAAUUUAAAUAGUACGCCAAUAUUUAAUUAGAUACAUAAGGGUGUUCUUUGAAAUAAAUAUAAAUUGUCAUUCGAUACUUAUCUUUUAUGUGUCGCUAUUUUCAUGUCAGUGUGAAGAUUACAUAUUUGAAACAAUAUAGGUAUUUAAAUGUAAUUAAAAUUAUUACACCAAUAAAUUGUAUCAAUUAUGA